CGUCGAGCUCCACCAUAACUACGGUGGUAAGGCUUCCUCAGGCGUCAGUCUAGUCAGACCAGGGCGAUAUUCCUCUUGCAUCACCUCACCAACUCCAACACCAACAUGUCCAAGAUCGGUAUCAACGGAUUUGGCCGCAUCGGUCGUCUGGUACUUCGUGCUGCUCUGCUGAAAGGCGCCGAGGUUGUGGCUGUGAAUGAUCCUUUCAUUGCCCUGGACUACAUGGUUUACAUGUUCAAGUAUGACUCCACCCAUGGCGUGUACAAGGGUGAGGUGAAGGCAGAGGAUGGAGCUCUGGUUGUUGAUGGCCACAAGAUUACUGUAUACAAUGAGAUGAAGCCUGAGAACAUUCCAUGGAGCAAGGCUGGCGCUGAGUAUGUUGUGGAGUCUACUGGCGUGUUCACCACCAUCGAGAAGGCCUCUGCCCACUUCACUGGCGGUGCCAAGAAGGUGAUCAUCUCUGCUCCCUCGGCUGAUGCACCCAUGUUUGUGUGUGGUGUGAAUUUGGAGAAGUACUCUAAGGACAUGAAGGUGGUCUCCAAUGCCUCCUGCACCACCAACUGCCUGGCACCAGUUGCCAAGGUACUUCAUGACAACUUUGAGAUUGUCCAGGGCCUCAUGACCACUGUUCAUGCUGUUACUGCCACCCAGAAGACUGUUGAUGGGCCCUCUGCUAAGGACUGGCGUGGUGGCCGUGGUGCUGCACAGAACAUCAUCCCAUCCUCCACUGGUGCCGCUAAGGCUGUAGGCAAGGUCAUUCCUGAGCUGAAUGGAAAGCUUACUGGCAUGGCCUUCCGUGUCCCUACCCCUGAUGUGUCCGUGGUUGACCUGACUUGCAUUCUGGGCAAGGAUUGCUCUUAUGAUGAUAUCAAGGCUGCCAUGAAGGCUGCUGCUGAGGGUCCCCUCAAGGGUGUCCUGGGCUACACUGAGGAUGAUGUUGUCUCCUGUGACUUUACUGGAGAUGAGAGGUCCUCAAUCUUUGAUGCCAAGGCUGGAAUUCAGCUGAGCAAGACUUUUGUCAAGGUAGUUUCCUGGUAUGAUAACGAGUUUGGCUAUUCCAACCGUGUCAUUGAUCUUAUCAAGCACAUGCAGAAGGUGGAUGGCGCCUAAGGUGUUCACAAGGUCUUACCACAUGGAGGGCUGGGGAAUGACAGCGGCAUGCAUGGCGGCCUAAAUGGGAUUUAAACCUAAGCCCACUAGAUGUGAACAAUGUAAAAGUGCUUCUCUGUACAUUAAGUUAUGCUAAAUUAUAAUGCCAUCACAAUAGAAAAAUCACCUUACAGGUGCAGGAAGAACUUGACACAGGAGUUUAAGGGCUGAAUGGGUGAGUCCUUGGGUCGCGGUGUGGUAGUGUUGAUUGUUCCUGUUGGUGUCACUUGGUUAGUGAGGCUAGUCUCUGCUGGGUGAAAUUUUGUCCUUGUAAUGAUGUUUAUUUGACUGCAAGAGGAAACGAUAAUGGCCAAUAAAAAAAUGUUACAAAA